ACAUGACUUUCCCGGUGCACAGGUACGCGAAAUAUUCGGUGAAUCCAAUCCCGCCGUCUCUUGUGACACAACAAAGUUGGGGAAUGCGGGGUUGUGGCCGGUGAUGCGGGGUGUCACCGCGGGGUUGUCGAAAGCACGCAGGAAGAUGAAGGCUCACGAUGUUGUAGGCCAUGCUGUACGGCGCUGGCGUGCCGAACAAGGAGAUGAUGAAGAAGGCGCCGCAUGUUGGUAUUGCAACAGUAUGGUGGGAGGGCAAUCCAUGCAACACGCAUCUGCUCGAUUUCGGCAAGAUUGUGAAGAAGGCUGUUGAGAAGCAGGGCAUGCUCGGCUGGCAGUUCAACACCGUAGGCGUGUCAGACGCCAUCACCAUGGGAGGAGAAGGCAUGCGCUUCUCCCUCCAGACUCGCGAAAUCAUUGCCGAUAGUAUCGAAUCGGUGACUUGCGCACAGCACCACGACGCCAACAUCUCUAUUCCGGGUUGCGAUAAGAACAUGCCGGGUACAAUCAUGGCCGCCGCGCGUCACAACCGUCCCUUUAUCAUGAUCUACGGCGGUACCAUCAUGAAGGGCCACUCGGACCUCUUGGAGAAGCCCAUCAAUAUCAGCACUUGCUACGAGGCCCGCGGUGCUUUCACAUACGACCGCCUCCACGCAAAGACCAACCCGGGCACGGAAGGCCGCACCCCGUCCGAUGUCCUCGACGAUAUUGAGCAGCACGCCUGCCCUGGAGCCGGUGCUUGCGGAGGCAUGUAUACGGCAAACACCAUGGCGACUGCGAUUGAGGCAAUGGGUCUGUCUCUCCCUGGAUCUUCAUCAUACCCAGCUCUGUCCCCAGAAAAGGCCCGCGAAUGCGAGCGCGCCGCUGCCACUAUCAGGAUCACCAUGGAGAAGGACCUCCGCCCUCGCAAGCUCAUGACCCGAGCCGCCUUUGAGAACGCUCUGGUGCUCACCAUGAUUCUCGGCGGUUCCACCAACGGCGUACUCCACUUCCUCGCCAUGGCCAACACAGCCGAUGUGCCCCUGACGAUUGACGACAUUGACCGCACCAGCAACCGUAUUCCCUUCCUGGCCGACCUUGCCCCGUCAGGAAAGUACUACAUGGAGGAUCUCUACAAAGUAGGCGGCACGCCCUCCGUUCUGAAGAUGCUCGUCGCAGCCAACCUCAUCGACGGCUCCAUCAUGACAGUGACGGGUCGCACCCUCGCCGAAAACGUCGCAGACUGGCCCUCGCUCGACCCAAAUCAGAAGAUCAUCCGUCCGCUCUCGAAUCCGAUCAAGGCGACGGGCCACAUCCGCAUCCUCCGCGGAAACCUCGCUCCCGAAGGCGCCGUCGCCAAAAUUACCGGCAAGGAAGGUCUCACCUUCACGGGCAAGGCCCGCGUCUUCGAUAAAGAGCACGAGCUCGACGUUGCACUGUCGGCGGGCUCCAUCCGCCGCGAGGACGGCAACCUUGUCCUUAUUGUCCGGUACGAGGGUCCCAAGGGCGGACCGGGCAUGCCGGAGCAGCUCCGCGCCAGCGCGGCCAUCAUGGGUGCCGGGCUGGAUAACGUGGCGCUCGUGACGGACGGCAGGUACAGCGGUGCGUCCCACGGCUUCAUCAUCGGCCACGUCUGUCCUGAGGCGGCUGUCGGUGGGCCGCUUGCGCUCGUGAAAAAUGGAGAUACGGUCACGAUUAACGGCGAGACGAAUCGCAUCGACGCUGUUGAUGUUGACGAGGCGGAGAUGGAGAGGCGGAAGAAGGAGUGGAAGGCUCCCUUGCCGCAUGUGAGGAGAGGUGCUCUGGGCAAGUAUGCGAGGUUGGUGGGUGAUGCCAGUCAUGGAGCCGUCACGGACGCGGCGGAUCCGUCGUGGUAGAUGUAGACACGUCUUUGGUAUAGACUUGUAAUUCGGUAUAAUUUGGAAGUCAACUUCUUCAGUAGUCUAUCAGUUGCGAGCCCUUGCCCGGAUGAUCAAGUCACAGGAUACCGCCGUUGACAUCUCGGCUUUCUCCUUCAGGCACUGAUCUUCUGUGUUCCAUACUUGGGCAUGCUAGACUAGCGAGGUUAGAGGUAGCUCUUGGUAGCAAUAACUUCGGCGAGAUGUACUGUUUGGCCUCACGUUAUGGUUCUAGAAGGAGAGAUUAUGAAGUAUCGUGACUUUGUAGCAGACUGUAAUGUACUUCUAAGUUGGUUAAAAUUAGAUUAAGAGACAUCAUCCAGGA